UUUGCUCUGAAUUGGAUCAGUUUCUCAGAUGCUAAGAUCGUAUCGCCUACUUAGUUUCUCAGAUGGCAAGAUUGUAUGUCGAGCACAAUAGGUAUAUCAAUGAAUUCAUAACACUUGGUGUGAGCCUAUCGGAGCUUAUAUUUAAACGAGCUGGAUAGCCACAACCCAUUCCAUCUUUAUCCACCCUCCACAUUCACAUUUCCAACUGUCAUUACCACCAAUAUUGUUUCAAUCUUUGCCACUGUUUUAGGUCAAGCAAUCGACCACCUCUUCAGAUUAAGUUAUCUCUUUCAAGCUCAACCUCGUCGAAGAUGCAAUCCAGCCUAGUGAUUAGCGUUUUGCUUGUUUGCAGUGGUGUCAUCGCCGUGCCUACUACCCGCACUGCUGACUUUUCUGCCACCGAGUUGUACCGAAAACAUCAAUCAAACGUGCCGACCCAUUUACUAUACUCCGCAUCGCCCCAGUCGUACUCCUCGCAAGCUCAACACCAACCUCAAACUGAGAAGACUUCCUCCCACUCGCGACCCGCGCAUCAACCAUCUCCUGGUACAAUCCAGUCCUCUGGACAUGUUGUAUCUCCGUCGACUGACCCAGUGACUUCACUUCCGGCCGCCGCCAACCAUCAAUCUGGAGGUUCCGAAACCGGUGGUGGAUCGCGUGAUUCUGGCUCGGGGGUUGCAGGACUCGUUGGAGCGCCUACCGGCCUCGGGACCGGUCUGGGCACAGUAUUCCUGAGCGGUGUGAAGACGGGGUUAGACGCGGGCGAGCAUGUUGGAACCGGCGUGGGCCUUCCGGUAGCCGGAGCAGGGGAAAUUCUCAAGGCAGGUGUUGGAGCUGCUGGUCAGGCAACGAUGGGCAUUAAGAACGUCUGAACAGCUGCUCAAAUUGUCCUUAUCACUGAUUACACACUGGAGCCAUGUUGGAGGCGGAGUAGCUCUGGUAUCAACCCGACAGCAGAUCUUCCAAUUGCAGGCCGUUACAUUCCCAAGAAACACACAUUGCAACGCGUUCUCCUUUAUGUCACGCCCUCUAGUAGUAUUGCCAUGGCCGAAGACUACAUUUUUGUGCCCGACUUUUACACAUUCUCUUCCUGUUGAGGUCCUGGUUGGCUUUGUGAGAAAAAAAAUCACCCCGACUUCUUGUAGCGCUAGACUAAUAAGUCAGCGCGCAAGUGCUCAAAAGUGAACUCAAUCAGCA